UCCGUCUCCUAAACAGUUACUCGAAUAUACAAAAGUAAGCUGUUCAGGGGUUGGGUGCCGACCUAAAGACGAACUGCCAACAACUGGACCAGAAACAUUUGUGUACUGGAAGGACAGGAAAAGUUUAAAAACAGCCCGGCGCCGGAGCAGCAGAAGAGGCAGAGGCAGCGGGAGCCCAGGAGGGGAGCCCAGUUGCAGCCCCAGCAGCAGAGGCGCUCCCCAGCCUCCCUCGCGCCCAGGCAGCCCCGGCAGCAGCCAGGGAUUAUUAAGCUCCGCAGCAGCAGCAGCAGCAGCAGCAGCAGGAGAGGACAGCAAGGAGCCCAGGGGCCUCAGCUAGCAGCCACAUCAAAUGAAGAAGAUCUGUUCAGCUGCUGAUUGGGGCACCAGGAGGAUAAAAUUUCUAGCCCCUUCCCACCAGUGAGCAAGGCUGCAAUGAGGAAGAAGAAUCCUUUUACUGAUUGGGAUGCAGCUGCUGGCUGUUAAGGUGAAAACUGAAAACAUACAUUUUUGCACCCAUCUGUUACUGGAUCACAGAUCAUAGCCAUGAAUGACGUCGCACAGAAGGCAGAGAUUCUGCUUUCUUCAUCUAAACCUGUCCAAAAGUCCUAUGUGCCCAAACUUCGAAAGGGUGAUGUAAAGGAUAAAUUUGAAGCCAUGCAGAAAGCAAGGGAAGAAAGAAAUCAAAGGCGAUCUAGAGAUGAAAAGCAAAGAAGAAAAGAACAAUAUGUUAGAGAGAAAGAAUGGAACAGGCGAAAGCAGGAGAUGAAAGAACUACUUGCUUCGGAUGAUGAAGAAGAAAUGUCUUGUAAAGUAGAAAAAGCUUACGUUCCAAAAUUGACAGGAACUGUCAAAGGAAAGUUUGCCGAAAUGGAAAAACAGAGACAAGAAGAAGAAAGAAAAAGAAUGGAGGAGGAGAGGCAGAGGAGAAUUGAACAAGACAUGAUAGAAAAAAGAAAAAUUCAGAGAGAGCUGGCAAAGAAAGCACAAGCGAUUGAUGAACAAUUAAUCAAUUCGGGAACUGAAUCGUCAUCGGAGGAAGGUGAUGAUUCUUUGCUAGUGACAGUAGUUCCUGUAAAACCUAGCAAAACACCUGGGAAGAUGAAAAUAAGUUUUGAGGACCUAGAGAGAGAGAGAGAAGAACAAGAAAGACGAAAACUUGAAGAAGAGAAACGUUUGAGAUAUGAGCAGGAAAAGCAAGCUCUCAGGGAAGUCAUAUAUUUUUCACCAGAUGUGGAUGAAGAAGAAAAUCCUGAUAGUGAAAGAAAAGAUUCUCCAUCUCCUGGUAAAGUGAAAUUAACAUUUGAGGAACUGGAAAAACAAAGACAAGAACAUCAGAGGAGGCAAGCAGAAGAGGAGGCAAGACUACGUUUGGAAGAAGAAAAGCGUGCCUUUGAAGAAGCAAGGCAGCAAAUGAUAAAUGAGGAAGAUGAUAAUGAAUCUGAAAAUUCUAUCAAGGAAUUCAGUCCUGGAAAACUGAUACUUACCUUUGAGGAAUUAGAAAGACAGAGGCAAGAAGAAGAAAAAAGAAGGACAGAGGAAGAAGCCAGAAGACGCAUAGAAGAGGAGAAAAAGGCAUUUGCUGAAGCCAGAAAAAACAUGGGCCUAGAAGAUGAGCUUUCGCCUAUGUCAAAAACUGUGUCCCAAGAAUCUCUCACACCUGGAAAACUGGAAAUCAACUUUGAAGAAUUACUGAGGCAAAAAAUGGAAGAAGAAAAGCGACGCACAGAAGAAGAACGCAAACAAAAACUGGAAAUGGAAAAGCAAGAAUUUGAACAGCUCAGACAAGAAAUGGGAGAGGAGGAAGAGGAGUGUGAAACCUUUGAACUUAGCAGAGAAUAUGAAGAGCUAAUACGAUUGAAAAGAAGUGGUUCAAUUCAAGCCAAGAAUUUGAAGAAAAAGUUUGAAAAAAUUGGGCAGUUGUCUGAAGAAGAAAUACAGAAAAAAAUUGAAGAAGAGAGAGCAAGGAGGAGAGCUAUGGAUCAGGAAAUAAAAGAAAGGGAAGCAGAGAAGUUUCAAGAGGAAGAUGAAGUAGAUGUGAAGCCAGCCACAAAAUCUGAAGCUCCUUUUACACACAAGGUCGACAUGAAAGCUCGGUUUGAACAAAUGGCAAAGGCAAGGGAAGAGGAAGAACAAAGGAGAAUUGAAGAACAAAAAUUGUUACGCAUGCAAUUUGAGCAGAAAGAAAUUGAUGCAGCAUUGCAAAAGAAAAAAGAAGAGGAAGACGACGAGGAGGGGAGCAUUGUCAAUGGCUCGGUAUAUGAAGAUGAAGAACAACAAGCACGGUCAGGUGCUCCGUGGUUCAAGAAGCCUCUUAAAAAUUUGUCUGUUGUGGAUAGUGAACCCGUGAGGUUUACUGUGAAAAUAACUGGAGAACCAAAGCCAGAAGUUACAUGGUGGUUUGAAGGGGAAAUGCUGCAGGAUUGUGAGGACUACCAGUAUAUUGAGAGGGGAGAAACCUACUGCCUAUACUUACCAGAAACUUUCCCAGAAGAUGAAGGGGAAUAUAUGUGUAAAGCAGUGAACAGCAGAGGAACAGCAGCUAGCACAUGCAUUCUCACUAUUGAAACUGAUGACUAUUAAAGUAUGCUUUUUCUGGAGCCUUCCUUCUCUAAAUUUACUGCAUUCAUCUCUUUCUUCUGUGGCGGGGCCAACAAGAAGUUGUCUAUCAUUCCUCAAAUAAGAUACCCAACUGCCUGAAUUUCUUGGUUUCAGACUGAAAAUUGGCAACAGAAGCAUUUUAUUUAGCACACAGUGGCUUAAUCUACACACACAAGCACAAGUGUGGCUGAUGGCUUAUGCCACUGCAGUACUUCAAGUGCCAGGGAUUUUCUAUGAAGCUGUUCACACAAAAGUUUGGCAUUUAGUUCCAGCAACUUUCCAUCAUGGAGUAUAUAUACCAAUGUUGUGAAAAGUGAUCAAAGUGUAGAAUUGGUUGCUUAAUAAACAGUCUACUAUUGAGAAUUUAAUUUCAGUUUGGUAAAUUAGGCCAAAGUGAUAUGAAAAAGCAAAGUUUAAACAGUAUUUCUAGAGCUACGGUAAUCCAUUCAUUCUCCAUAAAGGU